AUGAUGGAUCAGGAUGAAGCCGAAGCCCAGCAGACGCCUAGAACACUGAAGCAGCUCAAAUGUGAAAAUGAGCAGAAACGGAAGGCAAUUAAUGAAGUUCAGCGGAAACUGGAGCGACUCCAAGAGGAAGAAAGGGAAUUGGAGGCCCAAAUUGCGGAAAAUAAGGCGCGUAUAGACGAGCUCAUGGGGUUAGGAGGCUCGUAG